AUGAUCCCGUCCCUCAGACAAGUCGCAACCGCACUGCCAGCAUGCCGGAAACGGCUUCUUGGAAAACAGUGGCACAGAAUGACUCGGAAUCAGAGUUCGUUCUCGAACACCGCUCCGACGGUGGUGGAAAAGGCUAUACUGGAUAGUAUCAAGGCUAUGGGACCACUGCCAUUUGCGACAUACAUGCAGCAAUGCCUUUCGCAUCCCACACAUGGUUAUUACAUGAAUCCGUCUAAUCCUGUAUUCGGCGCGAGGGGUGACUUCAUCACGAGCCCAGAGAUCAGUCAAGUCUUUGGCGAACUUAUUGCCAUUUGGUUCCUCAGCCAGUGGGUAGCUGCUGGCCAACCGUCGUCCAUUCGACUGGUUGAGUUGGGGCCAGGGAGGGGGACACUCAUGGCCGACAUACUGCGUGUAAUAUCAAAGAUUCCGUCGGCCAAGGCCGUCCAACGGAAGUCAGUACAGCUGGUCGAAACAAGCCCGGCAAUGCGCCGAGCCCAAGAAAACACACUCCAGAAGUUCGCUGACGAACACGGAUGGGAGUUGCAAUGGAAUAACUCCAUUGAAGACAUCCCACCAGAAACAGACGAUUACACCAUUCUCGUUGCCCACGAGUUCUUUGACGCGUUGCCUAUCCACAUAGUGGAGAAGACCCAGAAGGGCUGGCAAGAAUUGCUUGUCGCUUCGGCCUCGGACGGGAAGUCAUCUAUUGCUACUUCACCUCGUCUCAAGGCAGUGCUUUCGCCCGAACCGUCGCCCGUCUCUAGCCUCCUAGGCAUGUCCUCUCAGCGAUUUUCGAAACUACCCAUUGGGACGCGAAUCGAAGUCUCCCCUUCAUCGUUCAAAAUCUCCAGAAGGAUUGGCGAACUAAUAGCUGGCUCUUCUGCCGGAGGGAGCGCGCUGGUGAUCGAUUAUGGUGAGGAUAAAGUGUUUAAUAACUCGUUCCGUGCCUUCAAGGAUCACAAAAUUGUGGAUAUAUUCCACCGUCCAGGGGAAUGCGAUUUGACUAGCAAUGUUGACUUCGCAUACCUCAAGGAGUCCUUCUCUGAUAUCGCCGUGCCUCAUGGGCCCAUGUCACAAGCCAACUUCCUCAAAGGAAUGGGAAUCGAUAUGCGAGUGGACGCCCUUGUCAAGGCCGCAUCUACAGAGGAACGACAGAAGGUCAUACGCGACGCUGCGUUGCGGCUCGCCGAUCCGGUUGGAAUGGGUAAAGAGUAUCAAGUCCUGGGCAUCACCAGCAAACCCACAUCAGAAGAUGGAAGCCCGGGAGUGUGGCCAUUUGUAGCGAGCCCUCCAUAA